AUGUCGGCCCCUACAGACUCACCGCGCAAGGCAAACCCAUGGGACUCUGUUGAUACUCCCAACGACUCUCUUACCUCCGUUGUCCACCGCGAAUCUUAUCCCUCCAUCUCUCCAACUCGCUCUGAGCUUUCCCAGGCUAGCCGUACAGUUCUUGUCGCUGGUGGCUCUACUGGUAUUGGCUUCAGCAUUGCCGAAUCUUUUGGUGCCGCUGGUGCAACACGCAUCAUUCUGACAGGUCGUCGCCGGAGUGCGUUGGAUGAAGCCUUGGCCAAGAUUAAGAAGGCGUAUCCCAAUGUCAAGACUCUUGGUUUGGUCAGCGACUUUGGAGAUGACACGGACGUGGAGAAGCUUUGGAGUGGUCUUCGACAGGGCGGCAUUUUUGUCGAUAUUUUGGUUCUAAAUGCGGCCAAGAUGUGGCUACCUAACACUCUUCUUGGACUGGGAAGCCAGACCGUGAAGGAUGGAUUUGCAUUUAAUGUGGUCUCACCAUUCCUUUGGAUUGAGUGGUUCUAUAAGCAACGGGAGACAUACCCUUCAAAAAAGCUGAUCUUAAUCAACCUCACAUCUGUGGUCGUACACUCCCCAGACCUGGCCGGCCCUGUUCCCCUCUACUCCCUUACGAAGAGCGCCUCCACCGCAAUGAUGCAGACCAUUGCAUACGCGACACCCGUCAAGGAUAUGCAGAUCAUUAGCAUUAAUCCAGGCAUGCACUACACCGAGUCUUUCCAGCGUUUCGCAGAGGCGGACAGCUUCCCUUGGGACGAUAUCAAGCUUCCUGGCGACUUUGCCGUGUGGGCGGCAUCGGACGAGGCUGAAUUUCUUCAUGGUCGCUUUGUAUGGGCAAACUGGGACGUUGAUGAGCUGCAAACGGGGCCUUUGCGGCAGAAGAUCGAGAAUGACCCCGGCUUCCUGAAGAUGACGGUCAAGGGCCUUUAG